GGCUGAAACAGAAACAAGAAAGGAGAAUGAAGCGACAAGCCACCCUUAUGGGCCGGUGCUGCAUUCGCCAGCAACUCUCUAUACUCGUAGUUGCCGCUGCUGAUUUGGUGCUCGCCUCCGACACGCCGGCGGUGGAUAAUUCAGCAGUGUUGUGUGGCUGAAACCCAGUUUGAGGUCCCCACCCAAACAACCCCCGUAGCAUGCAUGGGCAGGUUUCGUGUUCCUCGUACGUGCUUCUCCUUUGUUUCUGUGUCUACCGUUUUUCAAAAUCCCGUCUUUCACUUGUCGACCGUUACCUUCAAAACCCACUUGGAAGAUGGAAACUUUUCAUAUGCCAAAGAACAAUUUGCAACCUUGUGUUCCAAUGGGCGUAUCAGAGAAGCGUUUCACAACUUUGUUUCUUAUAUAUGGUCUGAACCCCGUUUGUUCUCAAAUCUCAUACAAGCAUGCAUUCGCACAAAGUCUGUUUCUUUGGGGAAGCAGCUUCAUUCUUUGAUUAUUACUUCUGGCUGUUCCUCGGACAAGUUCGUCUCCAACCAUCUCCUCAACCUGUAUUCGAAAUUUGGGGAGUUUCGAGUUGCAGUCUUACUGUUUGAUAGAAUGCCUACUAGGAACACCAUGUCGUGUAACAUCAUGAUUAAGGCCCAUCUUGAAAUGGGUAGUUUUGAGAGUGCCAAGAAAAUGUUUGAUGAAAUGCCUGAGAGGAACGUUGCUACUUGGAAUGCAAUGGUCACUGGGUUGGCCAAGUUUGAAAUGAAUGAGGAGUCUUUGUUCUUGUUUUCACAGAUGAAUGAGUUGGGUUUCAUGCCGGAUGAGUACUCACUGGGCAGUGUGCUUAGGGGAUGUGCACACUUGACAGCUUUGUUUGCAGGCCAAGAGGUUCAUGCUUAUGUUAUGAAAAGUGGGUUUGAGUUUAAUUUGGUUGUCACAUGCUCUUUAGCUCACAUGUACAUUAAAGCUGGAAGCUUAAGUGAUGGAGAGAGAUUGAUUAGAUUGAUGCCAAAUUGUAAUGUGGUUGCUUGGAAUACACUUAUGUCUGGAAAAGCUCAAAAUGGGUGUUUUGAGGGAGUUUUGGAUCAAUACUGUUUGAUGAAAAAGGCAGGUUUUAGACCAGAUAAGAUUACUUUUGUGACUGUGAUCAGUUCAUGUUCGGAGUUAGCCACACUUGGUCAAGGGAAGCAAAUACAUGCCGAAUCAAUCAAAGCAGGAGCUAGUUCUAUAGUUGACGUAGUUAGCUCAUUAGUUAGUAUGUACUCUAGAUGUGGAUCCUUGCAAGACUCUAUGAAAGCUUUUUCGGAAGGCAAACAGCGAGAUAUUGUAUUGUGGAGCUCAAUGAUUUCUGCUUAUGGGUUUCAUGGUCAAGGGGAAGAAGCUAUAAAGCUCUUUAAUGGGAUGGAACAAGAAAAUUUGCCAGGAAAUGAAGUUACAUUUUUGAGCUUGUUAUAUGCAUGUAGUCAUUGUGGAUUGAAGGACAAAGGACUUGAUUUCUUUGAGUUGAUGGUACAAAAGUAUGGACUCAAGGCUAGACUAGAACACUAUAAUUGUGUCGUUGACCUACUAGGUAGGUCUGGCUGUUUGGAAGACGCAGAAGCUAUGAUACGUUCCAUGCCUAUGGAACCAGAUGCCAUUAUAUGGAAAACACUGUUAUCUGCAUGUAAGAUCCACAAGAAUGCAGAAAUGGCAAAACGGGUUGCCAAAGAAGUUCUUAGGAUCGAUCCUCAAGACUCAGCAUCAUAUAUUCUUCUUGCCAAUAUUCAUGCUUCUGCUAAUAAGUGGCAGGAUGUUUCUGAGGUGAGGAAGGCCAUGAGAGGCAAGAUGUUGAAGAAAGAACCAGGCAUAAGUUGGGUAGAAAUAAAGAAUCAGGUUCACCAGUUCUGUUUGGAUGACAAAUCCCACCCACAAUCUGCAGAGAUCAAUCGGUAUCUGGAUGAACUAACUUCAGACAUGAAGAUGCGCGGUUAUGUCCCGGAUACUAGCUCUGUAACGCAUGACAUGGACAAUGAGGAGAAAGAAUACAACUUGGCACACCACAGUGAGAAGAUGGCAAUUGCUUUUGCAUUGAUGAAUUGCCCAGAGGGAAUGCCAAUAAGGGUGAUGAAGAACUUGCGCGUUUGUAGUGAUUGCCAUGUUGCCAUCAAGUACAUAUCAGAGAUAAAAAAUUUAGAAAUUGUUGUGCGAGAUGCUAGCAGGUUUCACCAUUUCAAAGAUGGUACAUGUUCUUGUGGAGAUUAUUGGUAAUGUACAGUUUUUCAUUGAUCACCAUUUCAAGUGUACUUCAGUACUUGUAUAUACUAUGCCCUCCUGUUUAUUAUUAUUUGUAGUUUCCCACUUUCCAUGAUCUAUUUGUGUGUCAUUGCUAAUUGGGCCAAUGACCCAUGAUUCAUAUUUCAAUUCUGGUAGUAUGAUACUAUAAUCUCAUGCCACGUGCCACAAGAUCAUUGGCUGAAACUCUCACUUGGAUUGGUCUGUCAGGAGGCCUUGUAUAUCUCUAUGGGUAGUUUGCAAGGAAAAAGGCAUUGGUACAUAAAGUGGUUUUUUUCUAUAAAAAGCUAUAAUUGCAUUCCACCACCAAUGGAAGAGUUGCAUGUUACACAUGGCUAAAGGCUUAUAUGUAUGUGAAGCAGAGAGUAGGUUGGUCUGAAUAUUAUUUAUGGUUUAUUUGAAUUUCAUGGCUGGUAGGUUCUUGUUUCAGGUUCUAACACAAUGCUAUAUCAAACUCUCACAGAUGUUUCCACUGUCAUCAAAAAUCAAAACAAGAAAAGCAUCACUUAGCAUUAGUGAAUGAUAUUGCAUUCAGUCCAAUGUAUGUGACUUCUUGUUUAUAAGUUGCUAUUUUGGAUUAGGAAACUAACUUUGGUUAAUUUAACUUCUGUUUUAGGAUGACAGGUGCUUUCGUCACCGGUGAUAAUGA